UAGGGCUCCAUUCACUAAUCCAGCCUCAAUAUGCCCACUCCUACUGCACACACACACAGCUAAGAGGAUCCAAACCAGACCAGCACCUGCCUCUCUCUCUCUCUCUCUCUGACUCAACACAACGGAAACACAGCACACAUCUGCACAGUCAUUCUGCAGGAGCGUCAGCCAUGUGUGCUCGGGCGAGCUGGCUGCUCUUGCUGACAGGCCUGCUGGGGGUGUGUGCUCAGGAGUACUAUGAAGAACGGAUGGGAGGGAAAAGAACCCGGGUCAGAGUGAUUCCAGCAAACCUGCAGAAACAUGAUGGACAAGCCAUCUUGGACGAGGACUGUGGUCUUGAGCUGGCUUUCCUUGUCGACAGCUCAGAAAGUGCCAAGGGCCACCACCAGCAGGAGAAGCAGUUUGCUAUGGACAUUGUAGACGGCCUGCAGAGCAUCCGUCUGGAGACAGGGCGCAAACUGAGCUGGAGAGUCGCCCUCCUUCAGUACAGCAGUCACGUCGCCAUCGAGCAAACUCUCCAGCAAUGGAGGGGCUCAGAAAGCUUCAAAUCCAGCAUCGCUCCCAUGGCCUACAUUGGUCACGGCACCUACACCACCUACGCCAUCACCAACAUGACCAAAAUCUUUUUGGAGGAGUCCAGCCCAGACAGAAUUAAAAUUGCACUACUAUUUACAGACGGGGUCUCCCACCCGAGAAACCCUGAUAUCUUCUCAGCCACAGCUGAUGCCAAGAACCAGGGAGUGAAGUUCUUCACCAUUGGUAUCACCCACAUUGCCAACGAGCCAACCAACGUAGCCCAGCUGAGGCUGCUGGCCAACACGCCCGCCUCUCGAUUCCUCCAUAACCUGCAGGACAUAAACAUCAAAGAGAAAAUCCUCACUGAGAUUGCUCAACUAGCAGAAGACGGGUGUCCAGUGGCUCAGAAAUGCUCGUGUGAGAAGGGUGAGAAAGGACCCAGUGGCCCAGCGGGAAAGAAGGGUCGCCCAGGUGAAGAUGGAGCCCCAGGUCUUAAAGGUCAAAAGGGUGAGGGUGGCUUGAGUGGACUUCCCGGUCGUGACGGCUCAGAGGGGAAACCUGGAUACAAAGGAGAAAAGGGAGACAGAGGGGAAUGUGGCACGCCAGGAAUCAAGGGUGACAGAGGUCCAGAUGGUCCUGUUGGCACAAGAGGAAUUAGAGGUUUACAGGGUUUACCAGGACCACAAGGUGACAUUGGACCAGAAGGCCCACUGGGCAAAAAGGGUGAACGUGGUCCACCUGGCCCUCCUGGCCUUCAGGGCGAAACUGGAAUCGGACUUCCAGGACCAAAGGGUGAUAUGGGAUUUCAGGGGAGAGCAGGUCCUCCUGGCCCACCUGGAAUUGGAGAACAUGGCCCACCUGGACCUCAAGGACCACAGGGUGUUCAAGGAGAGAAAGGACCACAGGGAGAAGGAUUUCCUGGACCAAAGGGUGACCGGGGUCCCGAGGGGCCGAGGGGUCCUAGAGGACAGCAAGGCGUUGGAAUCAAAGGAGAAAAGGGUGAGCUUGGGUCUCCAGGACUUCCUGGUCCCCUUGGACUUACUGGAAUUGGCAUCCAAGGAGAGAAGGGUGUAGAGGGUCCUAGGGGGCCUCCAGGAAUUAGAGGACCACCAGGAGAGGGCCUUCCUGGACCAAAGGGUGACCAAGGAUUACCAGGAGAGAUUGGAGGCCCAGGAGAGAGAGGCAUCGGAGAGCCAGGACAUAAGGGCGAGCCUGGUUCUGCGGGUUUUGCAGGUUUACCUGGGCUUCCUGGAGAGGAUGGCGCUCCAGGCCAAAAGGGUGAGCCUGGUGCACAAGGUCUGAGGGGAGCUGAAGGAACACCAGGAAUUGGCACCCAAGGAGAGAAGGGAGACCAAGGUCAGAGGGGCAUCAGAGGAUUACCAGGACCACCUGGCAUUUCUGGCCCUUCAGGAGCCAAGGGAGAGCCUGGAACACCAGGGCGGCUGGGCAUGCCAGGACUUCCUGGGCGUGCUAUUGCAGGACCAAAGGGUGACCUAGGACCUUCUGGUCCUCCUGGGCCUAUUGGAGAAACUGGCUAUGGCCUCCCAGGUCCUAAGGGUGAUCGUGGCAAUCCAGGCCCCCCUGGGCCAUUUGGGCCAAAAGGUGAAGGAUUUCCUGGACCAACGGGUCUUCCGGGUCUUCCAGGUCUUCCAGGAGAGCCUGGUCCCGAAGGUAUUGGCUUUCCAGGACCAAAGGGUGACGUUGGUUUCAGAGGACUGCCUGGUUUGCCAGGACCACCAGGCGAGGGGCUGCCAGGUCCACAAGGUAAUCAAGGAAGACCAGGGCCACUAGGACCAGCUGGGCCCCAAGGAGAGGGCAUUCAAGGCCCAAAAGGAGACCAUGGUGCACCAGGUGUCACCGGACCAAGGGGACCUGCAGGGGAAGGACUCUCAGGGCCUAAGGGUGAUAGAGGUCUACAGGGUGAGAGAGGAAUGAAGGGCAUUAAGGGUGACAUGGGUGACCCUGGAGAUGCUGGAUUGCCUGGAAGACCUGGAGUAAAAGGGGAAAUGGGUCUUACAAGAGAGGAUAUCAUUAAACUGAUCAAGGAGAUUUGUGGCUGUGGCAUUAAGUGUAAGGAGAGGCCAAUGGAGCUGGUGUUUGUGAUUGACAGCUCAGAAAGUGUUGGCCCAGAAAACUUUGAGAUCAUAAAGGACUUUGUCACAGCCCUGGUGGACCGCGUGACAGUAGGCCGGAAUGCCACGCGGAUCGGCCUCGUGCUCUACAGUCUGGACGUCCACCUGGAGUUCAACCUGGCACGAUACAUGACCAAGCAAGAUGUGAAACAGGCUAUCAGGAAGAUGCCCUACAUGGGAGAAGGUACCUACACUGGCACUGCCAUUCGCAAGGCCACACAGGAUGCUUUUUACAGUGCUCGCAGUGGUGUCCGCAAAGUGGCCAUUGUUCUCACAGACGGCCAGGCGGACAAGAGAGAGCCUGUCAAACUGGACAUUGCAGUGCGUGAGGCCCAUGCUGCUAAUAUUGAAAUGUAUGCUAUUGGUAUCGUUAACACAACGGACCCCACUCAGGCAGAGUUCCUUAGGGAGCUGAACCUCAUUGCUUCUGAUCCAGACACUGAACACAUGUACCUCAUUGAUGACUUCAAUACUUUGCCUGCUUUGGAGUCCAAGCUCGUCAGUCAGUUUUGUGAGGAUGAGAAUGGAGCGCUCAUCUACAACCGCAUCACCAACGGGGUCAACGGACAGAAUAAACACAACGGGUUCAGACACAAUGGUUAUGAAAACCAUCCGGACAUUUUAUAUGGAAAUAAUGGCUAUGGAAGUACACAUCAGGAACAUCUGGACCGGACACAAUUUCACCCUCAGACCCAUGUCAGAAACAGAGGAGACACUUUCACUUUACCAAUUAACCCAGCUCCACUCAGUACUCAGGUCAAAGUAGAGGAUGACUAUGAUGAAGGAGAAGAUUUAGACAUAGAGACUCACCUACGAACAGCCAGCAAAGUAACUGUGGUUAACAAAACUGUUCCACCUGAACAGCCUGCGGUUGAAACAAGUAGAACUUCUCACUCCAGCAUUACAGUGUCAUCACUGCCAGCCUCGCCUUCAUCCUCCUCCUCAUCAUCAUCAUCAACACUGUUGUCAUCCUCAUCUUCUUCAUCUUCUACAUCGUCAGUGGUGUCCUCAUCCCAAACAGGAUCAGUUACAUCUACUUCUGUUCGUGUGAAGGAGGAGCCGCAGCGUCCUGUUGUAAUCACAACCCCUCUGGAUCCCCGCUGCUCACUGAGCCUGAAUCAGGGUCCCUGCAGAGAAUACCUCAUCCGCUGGUACUAUGAUAAAGCGGCAAACUCUUGUGCACAGUUCUGGUAUGGAGGAUGUGAGGGCAACGAGAACCGUUUUGAGACGGAGGCCGAGUGCAAGAAAACAUGUGUUCACACUUCUAUAGUGGGCUAAGCUGGAAAACAAAAAGGGACUGACAGCAUUUUCACAGUGAGCCAAAGGAAAUGGACUAAAGUGAUGCUAUCACUUCAUCAAAGAUGAUUAGUCCCAGUGAUUUCAUGAGUGUUGGUUUUACUUAUUCAUCCAUUCUGACUUAUAAUAGCCCUCUUCAGAUUUAAUAGUAAAAUAUAUUUUAUCAUCUUUAAAAAAUCCCCAAGUAUUUAUAUUUCUUAUGUGAAAGAAAUGUCUCAAUAAGGAUAGAUUACAAUUCUGAUCUAUUUUUUGUUUUUAUGAAGUAGCUCUACCUGUUUCUCGUACGUGUACUAAACCAGUAGCUCAUCUCCUCUGAUAUACCUCAACAUACAGAUCUUUCUCUUCAUACACAGUAGGCGAUUCUGUUUUAAUGAGAUUUUAGACAUGAAAAGUUAGACAAAAUGUUCUGUCAAUAUUCCCAUUCUAUAAAGUUUAAUAUGUACUUUCAUAUGCAAAUAACUGUACAAAUACAACAUCAUACAUUAUCAAUUGUCAUAUACAUAUGAACUUUGUUUUUACAAAAACAGACACGCUGCUGCAGUUACUAUAAUCUAAUAUGGAAAAUCUAGACAGUAGUUUUUUUUAUGAUGGAAUAAAUGAUCUCUGUUGUGUUUGAAUUGUUUAAAGGCUUUUAUAUUGAAAAUUGAUGUGAUUCAUUUGAGAGACAGAUAUUUUGAGUACAAUCUGUAUAACUAAUGCUUUUGUACUUUUUUUAAAUAAAUGAAAUAUUUGGUUAA